GAAGGCAUCAGACUGGGUGAGAAGCAAGCACUUUUUCUCUGUAGGGGGAGGGAUUCUCAGAUGGCUCUUCCUGUUGUCUCGGCAGUAUGAGAAUAAAGUGUCUGUCCCUGCUACUGGCUCUCAGCAUCUUGCUGGCUGUGUCAGGAUCAGAAGCACAAAAUUCUGGAGCUCCCUGUCCUCUAUGCCCUGCGAAUGCCGUCUGCUACAAUCACACCCACUGUGUUUGUAUGCAUGGAUUCCAGUCUCAUUCUGGGAGGGAUUACUUCAUUGGGACCAAAGACAAAUGUGAAGAUAUCAAUGAGUGUAAGACUGGACGGGCAAAGUGCAAGAAAGUAUCAUACUGUAAAAAUAAAAUUGGAAGCUACAUCUGCAGCUGUUUAAUCAGUUCUUGGUUAUACUGGAUAGCUGGUAUCGCUGAAAUUGAUCGUCCAGAAUGUUAUGAGAACCACAUACAGAAGACACCAUCACAAGAGAAUGUUUGGGAACUUUCAACGCAAAAUAUUAGCAAAAAAGAAAUUGCGAAAAGGGUUACCCGACUACUUCAUCAUGUGGAAAUGACUAUAUGGAAUCAGAGUUUUGAUUCUCCAGGAAAGGGUAAUAAUCCUUCACUUAAUAUAGUCUAUGAAACCAAGAAAUGUCAUGAGAAGACCUUUUUGGAAGCUGGAAAUAACACAAUGAAUAUCAAUUGUGCUGGUGCUUUCAAAGGAGCCAGAAAAGAUGUGAGUACAGUUGCUCUUAUCACUUAUGAAUCUCUUGGGAAUAUUCUGAAUGGAUCCUUUUUUAACAAUUCAAGAGGAAUGCAAGGAGUAAAGCUGAACUCUCAUGUUGUGAGUGGCACAGUUGGUUUGCAAGACAAAGUUUACCUGUCUGAACCUGUGCUCCUGACUUUUCAACAUACUCAGCCUGGGAUUGAGAAUGUACAGCAUUUCUGUGUCUACUGGGAAGGAUCAGAGGAAGGGGGCAGCUGGUCAACAGAGGGCUGCCUUCGAAUGGGCAGGAAUGAUUCCUACACCACAUGCAAGUGUUACCACCUGUCCAGCUUUGCUGUCCUCAUGGCUCUGAGCCCCAAGGAGGGCCCUGUGCUGACGGUGAUCACCUACGUGGGGCUGAGCCUCUCCCUGCUGUGCCUCUUCCUAGCAGCCGUCACCUUCCUGCUGUGCCGACCCAUCCAGAACACGGGCACCACCCUCCACUUGCACCUUGCUCUCUGCCUCUUCCUGGCCCACUUCCUGUUCCUCACAGGCAUCAGAAGAACUGAGCCUAAGGUGCUGUGCUCCGUCAUUGCAGGAGUGCUGCACUUUCUCUACCUGGCCGCCUUCAUCUGGAUGCUCCUGGAGGGGCUGCACCUCUUCCUCACCGUCAGGAACCUCCAGGUGGCCAACUACACCAGUGCAAGAAGAUUCAAGAAGAGGUUCAUGUACCCUCUGGGCUACGGCAUCCCAGCUGUGAUUGUCACUGUGUGUGCAAUCGUCGGACACAAAAAUUAUGGAACAAGUACUCACUGCUGGCUCACAGCUGAUAAAGGAUUCAUCUGGAGCUUCAUGGGGCCAGUGGCAGUCAUUAUCACGAUAAACCUUGGGUUCUACUUCCGAGUUCUAUGGAUUUUGAGAAGCAAACUUUCCUCCCUCAAUAAAGAAGUCUCUACCAUUCAGGACACCAGACUCAUGACAUUCAAAGCCAUUUCUCAGCUCUUUGUCCUGGGAUGUUCUUGGGGACUUGCCUUUUUCAUGGCUGAAGGAGUAGGGGAGACAGUUGGAUCAGCCAUCACUUACUUAUUCACCAUCAUCAAUGUCCUGCAGGGGGUUUUGCUCUUUGUGGUGUACUGUCUUCUUAACCACCAGGUGCGAAUGGAAUACAAGAAGUGGUUUAGUAGGAUGUGGAAAGGCACUGAAACCGACAGUGCUGAUAUGUCUCAUUCUACUACCCACACCAAAAUGGAGGAGCCAAGAAAACCAUCAGAAUAUGCUCUUUGAAGAGACCUUACGUCAUUCAACUUCUGAUCUGCCUCUGCUUCUUAGCCAAGGACUGAAAACUGACUUGGGUGUCAAUGGUGCCUCUCUGUGGUCAUGUAUGCGUUGGACUAUUGCCACUUCCAUCUUUCCUGUGAAUCAUAAAAAUUUGUCCACUUUGGCUAUCUUUAAAAUAAGUUUAUUAUAUUAACACACAUUCAUUGUAAAAAUGAAUGGGUUUUACUGUGACAUUUCCAUACAUCCGUGUAUUGUGCUUUGAUCAUUUCAGCCUUCCUUCUUCCCUCUCUUGUCUUCCCUUCUCGUUCCCUUCCCCAAGGACGUCUUCCUUGUUCCUAAUUGUCCCUCUUCUAUUAUCAGGUCAUAUUUAUUUUCUUGUCUCCACAAAUAAGCAAAGACAUGUGAUGCUUGCCAUUGUAUAGCUGGAUUAUUUUGCUUAACAUAAUAUCCUUCAAUUACAUCAAUUUUUCUGCAAAUGACAUAACUUGUUCCUUAUGGCUGAAUAUAUAUAUAUGAAUGACAUUUGCUUUGUCCAUUUAUCUGUUGAUGAGUACCUAGGCUGAAUUCAUAUAUUGAUUAUUGUGACUAGUGCUGGAAUAAAUGUGGGUCUAUAGGUAUUUUUAUUGUAUACUGGAUUCAUUUCAAUUGCAUAAAUAUCAGGACUGGUAUACCUGGCUCAUAUACUACUUCUAUGCUUAACUUUUUUUAGUAGUCUUCAUAAUGUUUUCCAUAGGGAUAUACUAAUUUACAUUUUAUAUUUUUUAUUUUUAUUAGUACACAUUUUCAGUACACAAUGAUUAUACUCUUUGUAGGAAGUUGGUACAGGUACAUAAUACAUCUUGAUUAUUUUUUCAUCCCUUCCCCCUUCCUUCCUAC